AUGAAAGUUCUCGAAGACGUCGAUCGCGCCCAGGAGUCCAAGACGGCUAUCGCGAAAAGGCAUGGCAUCCCGAAGUGCACCCUUUCGAGGAUUUUGAAAGAUCGCGAAAAGAUUCAAAAGGCUUACAACAGCGGCGCUUUCACUCCCGGUAGGAAAAGGAUGCGUCUGGCCGACCACGAGGACCUCGAGAAAGCACUUUUCCUGUGGUUUAAGCGCGCGCGAAGCUCCAACCUUCCAGUGACCGGGCCUAUUUUGGAGGAGAAAGCAAGAGACAUCGCACUCCAAAUCGGGAUUGAAGACUUAAAGUUCAGUGACGGCUGGUUAAGCCGUUUCAAAAAGCGCCAUGGCCUCGUCUUCCGCACUAUAGCAGGUGAGAGUGCCGCGGUAGAUCUGAAUGUUUGCGCCGACUGGCAGCAGCAGAAGCUCCAAGACGUCCUCUCAACUUAUAAGCCCAGCGACAUCUUCAACGUGGACGAAAUGGCGCUUUUUUAUAAACUUCUUCCCAACAAGACUCUCAGCUUGAAAGGUGAGAAGUGUACAGGAGGAAAACACAGCAAGGACCGCGUUACUGUUCUGGUGGGAGCCAAUAUGGACGGGUCCGAAAAACUGAAGCUUCUUGUCAUCGGAAAAGCAAAGAGACCUCGGGCUUUUAAAGGUGUGAAAGGACUCCCGGUAUUUUACGAGGCAAAUACCAAGGCUUGGAUGACCCAGGCAAUUUUCGAAACCUGGUUGAGGGAGAGAGAUGCAGAGUUCACCAAAAAAGGCAGAAAGGUUGUGUUCGUUGUGGACAAUUGCCCAGCGCAUGGUGAAGUGCGAGACCUGAACUCUAUUCGGCUGGAGUUCCUCCCUGCCAAUGUGACAGCCGUGCUCCAGCCAAUGGACCAAGGCGUUAUUCGAAAUUUAAAAGUGUUUUACCGUCGCCACAUCCUUAGAAGGAUGAUGCUGUAUAUGGAGAGCAACAAAGGGUACACCGUAGACCUCCUUUCUGCCAUCCACAUCUUGGCCCAGUCAUGGGACGAGGUUGCAUCUACAACCAUUCGGCGAUGCUUUGGUCACGCGGGCUUCUUUGAGCAAGUGGAUGCAAGCCAAGAAGGGUUGGAUGCAAGCCAAGAAGAGUCUGACGCCGACAAUGCUGAAGCAGACACUGUUUUUGAUUUGGUGGCCCAGAGGUGCGGCUCUGGCACUGGGACAAUGGAUGAGUACGAAGCUGUUGAUGAUGACGUGGUCACCUGCCGUGAGGAUACUUUAGUUGACAUACUAAAGGAAGUCGAAGAAGGCACAGGUGAUGAAAGUGAGGAGGAGAUGGACAGUGACGACCACCAGAGUGCCCCACUGACUUCAGAGGCAAGCCAGGCAGUAGAACUUCUCCAGCGGUACUUCCAGAAGGAGGGCUGCUUGGAGCAUCUGUGCAAUUUAAACAAGAUGAAUGCGUACUUGGUGAAGCAGUCCCACACCAAGCUGAGGCAAGCCACCUUGCACAGCUUUUUUGGGGGUUGUGACCCUUAA